AUGAGCUGUACACUCAAAUUGUCCUUAGCAUUAUCCUUCGUAAUGUCAAAAAGAAAUUCCCUGAUUGUCCAAUUAGCCUUAAUAGAUUUGAAGAUUCCGAAUGAUCUACAAGACACAUUUUGGUUGACCUGUGAGUUUGCCUACGAGUGCUUAUUAUUAGAUCAGCUGGUUUUCUCAGAAGCUGAAUUGUCCUCUCGCUUAUCGGAAGUUGGUGACAAGCUGCAGUGCUUUGGUCUGUUGCAGUCUGCAUGAUCGCUUCUACCUGUCGAUCAUGGCCUGUCUUUUCACUGCUCACCUGACCAUCCAGGAGUUUUUGGCUGCCCUCCAUCUUGCUACUCUACCCAAUGAGGAGAAAUUGAAGGUUGUAGUCUCAUGCUAAAAGUGGCCGGUUUGACAUGGUGUGGAGAUUUAUGUUUGGUCUUGCUAGUAAACACCAUGGUAGUCGUAGCAAUAAAGUGACCAGUUUGGAUGAUGGUUUCAUGGAUCAAUGUUUGAUGGCUAUACAGCUUAAAAAGUUAGCUUUAUGUCAUGCUGCUUUCGAAGCUUCAGACCCUAGAUUCUCAACAAAAAUUUGGAAAAUGUACGGAAAAAAUCUAUUAGACGGUAAUUUCAGCACUCCUUUUGACUGUGUAGCUUGUUUCUAUGUUCUUCGUCAUGCUGCAAAAUGUGAUGAUAUGGUUAUCAGAAUAUUUUAUUGUGCAUUCGAUGAUAAACUGUUGAAAGAACUAACUGACAUACUUUCCAGUGCGAAUGGUAAACUGCAAGUACAACGAUUAUAUCUUGUACAGACUAAGUUUAAGUUGUCUGAUAAAGGUAUUGCUGAUCUAUUCAAGAGAGCCUCAGCUUCCUUUACAGCCUUACAUGAACUCUCUUUAUGUAACAACAACUUCACUGAAAUCAUGUCGUCAUUCAUGCACACAUCUUGUAUCAGCCUCACAGGACUGGACUUAUCCAAAAAUCCUCUUGGAGGGUCUGACAUACAGUCAUUAGAGACAGCUGUACAGUCUGGUGCUCUUAUCAAUCUGAGGAGACUGGAGCUAUCUAACACCUUAACUGACGAUGCUGAUGUCAAUGGAGCUUUACUGACCAUCCUCUUACAGUCUAUUUCCCUCCACUGUGCUAGACUGGUUGACGUUUACCUCUCUGCUAAUAAUCUUGGUUUACUUGGAUUAGGUUCAGUUGUGGACCACAUUCCAUUAGGAUUAAAUAUGAUAGAUUUAUACUCAUCUCACCACCUCAUUUCACUCUGAGUUUCAGCUCACAGUCAUCUGUGAGAUGUUGAUUGUCCAUCCAAAUACUUUAACUCGAAUGUACAUGAGGGGCUCCAAUUUCAAUGGAACUGCUGGAACUCUCUUACUGGCAAAAUUUCUUCAGGCGUUUAAAUCACUGGAAACACUUAACUGCCUUGAUUGUUCUCUCACCUCUGCCGACAUCAUAAUGCUUAUCCACCAUCUCAAGUCCGCUAAUGUGAUAUGUAUGAAAUUAAAUACGUUGGGUCUCAGCUACAACUCCAUUGAUGAUGGGAGUGAUAGCUCUCACUGAGUGUCUACCAGAGCUAUUCCCUAGACUGGAGGGCUUCAGUGUCAGUUACCUGGGGAAUGGUGUUAAUCUCUAUGAUAAUCCUGUGAGCGAGGAGUUGAUACCCAUGUGCAAUGAACAGUUGGAGAUCAUACGAGAAUCAAGGAAUUCUGCAGUGCUGACUGAGGAGUGGGAGAGAACAUGUUUACCUCCACAAAAUGAAGAGAUGAAUCAUAUUUUCUGUUCUCUUUGGGAUACGCUACUGUCGGAGAUGGUUGACGAGGCUCAAGUAAUAUCUUCAGCUAUUUCCAACGGCAUCCUUUCAUGGUCAGCUGCUAACAAACCAGCGGAAUAUACGUUUAUGAGGUUGUGGAUACAGUGGACACUCCUAGUGAUGUCACUGAUCUAGACACUCUCAUCAAUGAACAGAGCUUCUCUCAAGCAUCACUAGUAGAGAACCACCCCACAGCUAGUGACAAGGCUACUUGUAUUACAGGCUCGCAGUCUACACACAGAACACCUCAACAUACAACAGCCUCCACUGUACUGACUGAUGCCGUACCAUCUGAUGUCACUGAAGAAGGAGAUACCUCACAAAAUUUCCUCACUUCAUAUCCACAUACCAUUCACUCAGGAGCUGGUGGACCGAGGACUGUGACCAUUGAGGAAUUGAAGGAGCGUACAAAACUGACCGACUCUCAACUUGACACUGAAAUUGAAGAGACAGACAUGAUCAUUCUGGCAGAUCACUUUGACAAUAUUGAAACAUAUUUGAACUAACGGAUUCCAAAAAGCAAGAUGUUAUUGAUGAGAAGAUGAGGUACAACACCCAAGCAGCCAUGUCCCUGGCCAUGAAGCUGUGGAAGAGACGCAACCCUGCAGCUGUUACCUACAGAGCUCUGGUGGAGAUUGUGCUGAGUCUGAGAAAGGUCGAUGUCGCUACUAAAGUCUGUGAAUUCCUGGCUCGUAAAUUAAAUCAUCUUCACUCUAACCACGUGCACAAGACGGACAUGCAUGGCUGCAUGUAAUAAAGUGAACAUGAUAAAUAUAAUCGUAACACGGACACUGAGAAUAAUCAUAAAUUAUCAGGUCCAGUCAACUCUGUAGGGGGGAUUAAGGAACAAAUGUAACAGUAUAUGCAUUCAGACUUG